UUGGAACUCAUCUUCAUCAUUCAUAUGAGGAAACCAGGGAUAAAAUACUUGGAAACACAAUGAAACUCAUCAGAAACUUUUAUGUAUUUUGUAAUAUUGUUAUGUCAAUAGAGGGCUUGGCCUCAAAGCUUCCAGAAGAAAAGGAAUUAAUUUCUAACUACUCCAAUAUGUCUCUAAAAAAGGUUCCCACAGACUUGACCCCAUCCACAACCACACUGGAUUUAUCGUAUAACCUCCUUUUUCAAGUUCAGAAUUCAGAUUUUCAUUCUCUCUCCAAAUUGAAAGCUUUGAUUUUAUGCCAUAACAGAAUCCAACAGCUGGAUAUCAAGAUCUUUGAACUGAACCAAGAGUUAAGAUAUUUAGAUUUGUCUUAUAAUAGACUGAAGACUGUAACUUGGUAUUCGCUGGCAGGUCUCAGACAUUUAGAUCUUUCUUUUAAUGACUUUGACACCGUGCCUAUUAGUGAAGAGAUUGGCAACAUGUCUCACUUGGAAGUCCUGGGUUUGAGUGGAGCAAAAAUACAAAAAUCAGAUUUCCAGAAAAUUGCUCAUUUGCAUCUCAAUACUGUCCUCUUAGGAUUGAGAACUCUUUCUUAUUAUGAAGAAGGUAGCUUGCCCAUCUUAAACACAACAGAACUUCACAUCAUUUUGCCAAGAAACACAAAUUUUUGGGUUCUUUUGCAUGAUGGACUCAAGACUUCAAAAAUAUUAGAAAUGACAAAUAUAGACUGCAAAAGCCAAUGUGUGAAUCAUGAAACUCAACAGAAUCUUAUUUUAAAGAAUGCCAAGACAUCUAUUCUGUUAUUUAACAAAGUUGAUUUACUCUGGGAUGACCUCCUCCUUAUCUUCCAAUUUGUUUGGCAUACAUCGGUGGAAUACUUCCAAAUCCAAAAUAUAAUUUUUGGAGGGAAUGUUUAUCUUGACCGCAAUUCAUUUGACUACUCAAAUACUGUAAUGAAAGCUAUAAAAUUGGAGCAUGUACAUUUCAGAAUUUUUAAUAUUCCACAGGAUAGAAUGUACUUGCUUUUUACAAACAUGAAUAUAGAAAACCUGACAAUAUCAGAUGCACAAAUGCCACACAUGCUUUUUCCUAAUUAUCCUGUAAGUUUCCGAUAUUUAAAUUUAGCCAAUAAUAUCUUAACAGAUGACCUGUUUAAAAAACCCACCCAAUUGCCUUAUUUGAAAACUCUCAUUCUGGAGGGCAAUAAACUGGAGACACUUUCCUUAGUGAGUAGCUUUGCUAACAGUACACCCUUGAUGCACUUGGACCUGAGCCAAAAUCUAUUACAACAUAACAAGGAUGAAAAUUGCUUUUGGCCAGAAACGUUGAUCACCAUGAACUUGUCAUCCAAUAAAUUUGCUGAUUCUGUUUUCAGGUGUUUGCCCAGAAGUGUUCAAAUACUUGACCUGAAUAAUAACCAAAUUCAAACUGUCCCUAGAGAAAGUAUUCACCUGAAGUCUUUACGAGAGCUAAAUAUUGCAUUUAAUUUUCUGACUGAUCUCCCCGGGUGCAGUCAUUUCAGCAGACUCUCAGUUCUGAACAUUGAAAUGAACUUCAUUCUCAGCCCAUCCCUUGAUUUUUUCCAGAGCUGCCAGGAAGUUAAGAGUCUAAAUGCAGGAAGAAAUCCAUUUCGGUGUACUUGUGAAUUAAGAGAUUUCAUUCAGCUUGAAAAAUAUUCAGAGGGCAUGAUGAUUGGAUGGUCAGAUUCAUACAUCUGUGAAUACCCUUUGAAUCUAAGGGGGACUCGGUUAAAAGAUGUUGAUCUUCCUGAAUUGUCUUGCAACACAGCUUUGUUGGUUGUCACCAUUGUGGCCAUCAUGACCAUUCUGGGGGUGACCGCGGCCUUCUGCUACCUUCGCUUGGAUCUGCUUUGGUACCUCAGGAUGUUAGUUCAAUGGGCACGAACCUGGCACAGGGUUAGGAGGACAGCACAAGAACAACUUAAGAGCAAUGUCCAAUUCCAUGCGUUUAUUUCCUACAGUGAACAUGAUUCUCUCUGGGUGAAGAAUGAAUUGAUCCCCAAUCUAGAGAAAGAAGAUGGUUCUGUUUUGAUUUGUCUUCCUGAGAGAAACUUUGACCCUGGCAAGAGCAUUGCUGAAAAUAUCAUAAGCUGCAUUGAGAGAAGCUAUAAAUCCAUCUUUGUUUUGUCCCCCAAUUUUGUCCAGAGUGAGUGGCGCCAUUAUGAACUCUAUUUUGCCCAACACACUCUCUUCCAUGAAAGGGCUGAUCGCAUCCUUCUUAUCUCACUGGAACCUGUUCCAUUGUACUGCAUUCCUACCAGGUUCCAUGAGCUGAAAGCUCUCAUGGAAAAGAAGGCAUGCUUGGAAUGGCCCAAGGAUAGAUGUAAAUGUGGGCUUUUUUGGGCAAAUCUUCGAACUGCUAUUAAUGUUAAUUUAUCAGACACUGGAGAAGGGAGUGAACUACAGACAUUCUCAGAGCUGAAUGAAGAGUCCCGAGGUUCUACAAUAUCUCUGAUAAGAACAGAUUGCUUAUGAAACUCCACCUCUGUAGGGAAAU